GCAAAAUCAUCCCCGCGGGCAAAACUUGCCACUUGCAAUCCUGUCUCACAGCCGGACGAAAGAGUUUUGUAGUUGUUGUCGAAUUCUAUGGCAGCCCAGUUGUCAGCUAAUAACUUCAACCAGAAGGCUAUUAACGGAGAAGAGCCCUCUGAUUAUGAUGAUCAUCAAGCCAUGGCGGAAGAGAAGAAGGGAGAGGGUUUUGCCGUGGAGGAACCAAACAAUGAAGAGUGUGCUGUAGAGAGAGUUGAUCGCUUGUCCAAAACAGUGACAGAAUUCCAAGAGCAUCUCCGAGAAAGAGUCAGCUACUACCUUGGUUAUCCAGCAAACCAUAAUUGCGAGCAUUAUCUGGCUUUAUCAACGCUUUUGCAGUUCAACAUAAACAACGUUGGUGAUCCGUUCAAGGAGAGCGACCAUGGUCUGCACUCGAAAAAGUUUGAGGUAGGCGUUUUAGAUUGGUUUGCUCAAUUAUGGGGAAUCGACAAGGACGAAUACUGGGGCUAUGUCACCAAUGGUGGCACUGAAGGCAAUCUUCAUGGCAUUCUGAUGGGGCGAGAAUUACUGCCAAAUGGGAUUUUGUACACGUCUCAAGAAUCACACUAUUCUAUGUUCAAGAUUGCAAGAAUGUAUAGAAUGGACUGUGAGACAAUAGCAAGCUUAGCAACCGGCAAAAUGGACUGUAAUGACCUUAGAGACAAAUUGCUUAUCAACAAGGAUAGACCAGCUAUCAUCAACAUCAAUAUAGGGACUACUUUCAAAGGAGCUACCGAUGACCUCGAUCUAGUUGUACAGACAUUGGAAGACUGCGGCUUCUCACGCGAUCAAUUUUACAUUCAUUGUGAUGCAGCAAUAUCUGGCUUCGUCGUCCCUUUCCUUAAGCAGGCACCAAAAUUUACGUUCAAGAAGCCUAUUGGAAGUGUGAGUAUCUCGGGCCACAAGUUUUUAGGUUGCCCUAUGCCUUGUGGUGUGCUGCUAACAAGGAAAAGAUAUAUUGACAUUCUCUCGACAAGUAUCGAGUACAUCGCCACGGUUGAUACAACAAUUGCUGGUAGUCGAAAUGGGCAUUCACCGAUCUUCCUCUGGUACGUGUUAAACAUAAAAGGUCAGAAGGGGCUUGAAGAAGAUGUUGAAAAAUGCUUGAUAAACUCUCGGUACUUGAGAGAUCGUCUUAAGAAGGCAGGAAUAAAUUCGAUGCUUAAUGAGAUGAGCAUCACUGUCGUUUUUGAGCGACCUCCAGACAGCGAGUUCAUUCGCCACUGGCAACUACAGUGUCUAGGUAACAUGGCUCAUGUUGUCAUAAUGCCCCAUGUCACCGUUGAAAUGUUGGAUCAUUUCCUCUAUGAUCUACUUCAAAAACGGAAUAUUUGGUAUGGGAAACUACAGCUAGCCCCAUUACUUGCUAAGGAUAUAGGGAUUUGCAACUGUGUUUGUUCAGUUCAUGCGUAAAACUUAAAAAGUGAAUGAAUUGAUCUGUAUCUUAGGGUAAUUGUGCGUCUUACAUUGUAUUGUGCUUGAACGUUUCAUGGUCGACUUAAGAAUAAAAUGGCUUUUAUAUUCUCCAAAUGUAUUGUACAUGUUUGAUUUUUUUCCCCUUAUCAA